AUGCAGCGCGGCGCUGGUGCAACGCCAUCUCCAACACAGCCGUCUGUUUCCCGGCAUACCGGUCUGUCUGGCGCGACACUGCAAUCGAUUAAUUCCCAGGUCUCCAUCCAGUGCACGCGGUUCAAAGCUGCUGUGUCCUCGGACCCAUGCAAGCUAAUUAGCGAGCCAUGGUCCGGCCCUAGCAGCCCGCGCAAUUCGGCAAUAUUGAUUUCCAGGACAAGAAGACGAAAAAAAGGAAGAAAGCAGAGAAGCAUCAAGGCACCGGCCAGCACAGAACCUUCGGCUAGCACAAAAAUCCCCGGCCGGCUCAGAAACCCCCGGCCGUCAAAACAAGCCGAAAAAAAACCAGCGAGCGAGCAAGCACCAAAAUCACCCACCAUCAGGCUGGAAAAGAAUUCUCACCUACAGGCAAACAACGACUCGAGCACACAAGCAGGCAACAAAACAAAACAAAAAAGAGCCGAAGAAUUAAAAACCUAA